UAUCUGCGUAUUUUGAUUCUGCUAUAGAGCAGAAAGCGUAAGCGAGCAGUCAAAAUUUUAAGAAACCAGUAGGAUAUUGAAAAGGUUGAGGAUGACAGAGAUGGAUAGACAAAUGAAUGUUGACAAAAGCAUGGAAGAGAAUUUACUUGAGAAGAAGCUUGUGGAAAACAUGUUGAACCUUGGACAUCGUCCUCCUGACAUCAUGGCGGCAAUCACAAGCAUUUACGCUUGCGAUACUGAAAUAACAGAAAAGAAGAUCUCGGAACACCUGCUGAUAAUAAAACGACAAAAAAAUCUGACUGAUGAACAAAUGAAAUUUUCAACUUCAUAUGAAAUGCACGAGACUAGAGAUGAACGAUGUGGCUCUUUGGCUCUUAUUUUGGAACACCUGAUGAGGACUAGAGACCGAGCACAAAUACGUAGAGAAAAUCGUACGAUGCGGCUCAUGUUGUUCUGUAAAAGCUGCAAAAUAAAUAGAGGCACCCUCGUAAAUGUUGAAUGUGGGCACCUGCUGUGCAGCAAUUGCCGCAACAAGCUCAACGCAUGCAAGUUCUGUAGAGAAGAAAUAAAAGAGGUUGUAGCUGUAAUAUUUGGCAAUUAAAAAUGCAAUUGGGGCAUUAUCAAUAAAUUGUUUGUUUCCCUGCGAACAGUGUGUUACCCGGUUUACUUAAAAAAAUAAUAUUCGAACGAAAAUAACAAAAAAAAAUUAUUUCGUCAAUGAUAUAUCUAAUAAAAGAUAUACAAGUUUAAAUUAGGGAUGUCAGUUUUAAAUAGAUGUAGCCCUCCCAAGCAAUCAGCAGGCAUGGUCUAGCGAAACUACGCGUUGAAUUUUUUGAAAACUUCCAUCUUCUUUUUUAGAUUUUAAAAAAAAUGCCAAAAGCAAUUUCAAAACAUUAAGUAACUUCUAAUUAUUUGUACUAAAUAUUAUCAUUUUCUCUUGAAAAAAAAAAUAUCAUCAAAAUUUUGAUCAACAAAUGCUUUUUUCUUUCUUCCUAGCCUCUAAUACAUACGUAUCACCUAAGUUAUCUAAAAUUGGUCAUGUAUCAUGUUCCAAGCUAAAUAAAUGACCCGUGCUGAAGAAGGCAGGGUCGUGGACACAUUGACCAAGCUAAAUCAUCGAUCCCUGCUACAUGUAAUGAUAGAUGGGUGGUCAACACAUUAAUCAUGCUAAAUUUUUGACCUGUGUUUAAGGAGGUUGUGUAGUCAUCACACUAACCAACAUAAAUCAUUGACCUAAGGGGGCUGGGACGUCAACACAUUGACCAAGCUUAAUCAUUGAUCCCUGUUACAUGUAAUGGUAGAUGGGUGGUCAUCACUCUAACCAAGCUAAAUCAUUGACCUAAGGGGGCUGGGUGGUCAACACAAUGGCCAAGUCAUUGUCCCCUGUUACAUGAAAUGGAAGAAGGAUGUUCGACACAUUAAUCAAGCUAAAUCUUUGAUCCGUGCUUAUAUAGACGGGGUGGUCAACAGCUUGACCAAGCUUAAGCCUAAGGGGGAUGGGUGGUCAACACAAUGUCCAAGCUAAAUUAUUGAUCCCCUGUUACAUGAAAUGGAAAAAGGAUGUUCGACACAUUAAUCAAGCUAAAUCUUUGGCCCGUGCUGAUAGAGACGGGGUGGUCAUCACAUCAACCAAGCUAAAUCAGUGACCUAAUGGGGCUGGGUGUUAAACACAAUGACCAUUUGAUCUAUUCUUUACUUUUUAAAUUUUUUUUAUUACUUUUAUCUACUAAACAAAAUGUUCAUAUAUUUUUCAUAAAAUUAUUAUUUUUUCCUGUAUAUGUAUAAAGAAUGCUUUUUUAGGGAGAUCAACAUAUUUUAAAAUCCAGUCCUCAUUAAAAACAGCAAACGUUUACUUCUUAUAAAACUAGCACUUGGAAAUAAAUUGAUAUUAUUAAUUAAUAAAAGUAUUUACAAACAUCUAAUCCAAUUAUCAACUUAUGAAAUAUUUAACAUUGAGCAUAUGUAACUUACAGGCCAAAUAUGCUCGAAACGAUAUACGCAAUUUUGAUUGGCAGCCAAGCAUUAAUAGAUUAAGAAAAAAAUCGUUGUUUCGAAUUUUAUUCACUUCAUUAUGAAUGAUCUACAACGAAUAUUUUGGCAAAGUAUGAUGAUCGAGCGUUGGUUUAUAACUCGCGUAUUCGUUGGCAUCCUUAUUUUAAACUUUUAAUCUUUUUAUUUCAAUUUUAAAACAAAAUAAUUGAAAAUGAUAUAUAAUUUAAAGCAUUAUGAAUAUUUAUCAAAGGGAUAACAAACAUGUUUUGAUAACAGCCUUGCAUUUUGACCAGUUGAUGAUGAAUUGAGGAUAGGUUUUAAAGGGGUAUGGUCACUUUUUUUAUUCAAAAAUUAUAUUUUUGAUUUAAAUAUUAACAAUGCUUUAGUGAGGCAUUUUUAAUAGGCAAUCAAAAUUUCAGUGUUAUAAGCUAGUUACAUAGCUUACAAUUCUUUGCUAUAAACAAAGCGUUUGCUUACAUUUGAAUGUUGAAGUAAAAAUUCCAGUUUUAAACUUAAAAUCAAUGUGUUAACCGUUAGGAACUCUUUAUUUAUGCUUAAAAUGAACAAGAGGUGAGACAAAUCAGCUUGGAAAGGAUUUUCACUGGUAUAUUGACAAAAACAGGGGAGGAACCUUGUUUACAUGGCAAAGUAUUGUGAGCCCAAUGUCUCGCUUAUAACUCUAUUGAUAUUUAGAAAUGCAUUCCUAAAGCAUUGUAAAUAAAAAAAAAAAGAAUUUAGCCAAAAACAUUACCAAGCCCCUUUAAACCCAUUAUGGUUCGACUGGUAUGUUUGGGUCGUGUUUACCUAUAUGCGCUCAAAACACAUCACAGAAUUUAUUAGUGUGAUACUUUGAUAACUUUUAUGGUAUUUUAUAAAUCAUUUUUACGAUUUUGAUUUGAGUUUUUUUAAAUUAAGGGAAUAUGUAUUUUAGAAUGCCUAACAAAGGAAAGCUAAAAUAUUUUUUGAUUUGAUUAGGGGCAUGGCCUCGAUUUUAGCAGAACAUUUGUUAAAUUCUAUUUUUUUUUAAAUUACCACUUUUACUUUGGUAUCUUUAAUGGAAUAAAAGUGUCAACUGUCGAGUUAUAAGCCAGAUAUCGAGUGCCCAGGCUCUAACCUUGUUUUGCAUUGUUUGCAAAUAAUUUAAAUUGAUACAGACCUAAAAAGAAAAUAUUAUGUUUAAAGCGCUGCUUUCCUUUUGAUUGUUUUCAGAAUUUGUUUGAAAGGAAAGAGUAUUGUUUAAACUUUUACUGGUAUAUACAACAAAACACUGAGCUUUAUAUCUCGCUUAUCACUGGACAACUGAAAAUCAACAUUUGCCUAUCACUUAACUUUUCUCAUUUACUUUUCUUUUACAUAGAAAUUGGUAAAUUUAUUUGAAAUAUAUUCAACUCAAAUGACCAUGGUCCUUACGAGCAAUCGCUAAUCUAAGAAUUGCAGUUUUUAAUAUAGAAAGGCACUAAGCCAUAGUUUGUCAGAACUUCUCCAGUGAAUAAAUCUUUUAUACUGUUAAUAUUUUUAUAACGCAUGUUUUCAUCCUGUUUUAUUAUUUAUCAAUAACUAUUCAAAUCAUUCUAUAUUGUUAUCUUGUUGUAUGUUUUCUGUUCGUCACAGUUGUUAAGUGUUUUAAUGUUUAUUUUUUUUUAUUAUUUAGCAUUAAACCUUGUAAUAAUAUGAAUGUAUAAUAUUAGUAAUAUCUUUAUUUUUUGAUUUUUUUUUAACAAUCAAACUAACUUUUGGAUUGCUUUUUUUUUUAAAGUUGACACUUUUUUUACAGUUUUAUUAUUUAGUACUUUAUUUUGUAGCUCUAUUUCGUCUUUAUAAAUAAACGUUUCUUGAAAUUAGAUGUUAUUCAUUUUUAUGAACGUACAUAUCUUGUGCAUGGUGUAGGUGAAAUAAUGUGUGGUCUAAAAAAUCAAACAAAAUGAUGAUGUAGAGAUUGUGGGUGUGUGAACUAAACCUGUCUAUCACGUAAAAGAGAUAUUUACACUGAAUUUGUUUUUUUUUUAAUAAAGAGUGCAUUAAAAACAGUU